UUACUGCUACAUACUUGGGCCAUAUGGUUUCUUCCUUGUCAAGCUGUUUUGAAAGUUUCUCAGUUGCUGUCCUCUAUGAUGCAGUGGCAGUGGACACCCUCUAGUAAAUUUCCUAAUAUAUAGGUCAUGGAGGUUCCCAGAUUUAUGAUGAGGUUUAAAGGGUUCAGCAGCACCAGAAUCAAACUAUACCCGUUUGAGCAUCUUCCAAGGAGAAGUUUUUCAGACUUGAAGGAAAAUUUUAGCUGCAAUGAUGAAGUUCUUCCUGUUUUGAUUGUUGGUGCGGGUCCUGUUGGGCUCGUUCUCUCCAUUCUUUUGACAAAAUUAGGUGUCAAGUGUGCGGUUUUAGAGAAAAGCAAAACCUUUUCUCAACAUCCACAAGCGCACUUUAUAAAUAAUCGAUCUAUGGAGGUGUUCCGCAAAUUGAAUGGCCUGGCAAAGGAGAUCCAAAAGUUGCAGCCACCAGUAGAUUUAUGGAGGAAGUUCAUAUACUGCACCUCGCUUUCGGGUUAUAUUCUUGGGUCAGUAGAUCAUAUGCAACCUCAAGACUUUGAACAGGUAGUCAGUCCAGUAUCUGUUGCACAUUUUUCACAGUACAAACUUACCAGGUUACUACUUAAGCAGCUAGAGAAUCUUGAAUUUCACAUUUCUAAUGGUGAUGGAAUUGAAGAACUUAAUCAUAGACUUCUUCGGGAAAGGAUGGUAUUGAUGGGACAUGAGUGUGUUUCGAUCAAAGCUUCUGAUCAUUGUCUUACAGUGGGUGCUUCCUUUAUCAAGGACGGGAAGAAAACAGAAAGAAAUAUCCUCUGUAAAAUUCUUGUUGGUGCUGAUGGUGCUGGAAGCACUGUUAGAAAGCUGAUGGGUAUAGGUAUGCAAGGUGAAAGGGAGUUACAAAAACUUGUCAGCAUCCAUUUUUUGAGCCAAGACCUUGGACAAUUCCUACUUCAUGAGAGGCCAGGAAUGCUGUUCUUUAUUUUCAAUACGGAUGCUAUAGGGGUUCUUGUUGCACAUGAUCUCAGCCAAGGUGAAUUUGUAUUACAGAUGCCCUUCUAUCCUCCUCAGCAGAACCUAAGGGAUUUCAGUUCCAAGGUAUGUGAGGAGUUAAUCUUUAAAAUAGUUGGCUGGGAGCUUGGGGACAUAAAUGUGAUUGACAUAAAGCCAUGGGUGAUGCAUGCUGAAGUUGCUGAGAAGUUUGUUGCCUGUGAUAAUCGAGUAAUACUUGCUGGUGAUGCAGCUCAUCGUUUUCCUCCUGCUGGUGGUUUUGGAAUGAACACUGGUGUCCAGGAUGCUCAUAACGUGGCAUGGAAAAUAGCUUCUCUGUUGCAGGAUAUAUCUCCACAUUCAAUUCUCCAGACUUAUGAAAUGGAACGCAGGCCGAUUGCUAUUUUCAAUACUAGACUAAGUGUUCAGAACUUUAAAGCCGCCAUGGCAGUUCCUACUGCUCUUGGUCUUGACCCAGCUGCUGCAAAUUCUGUACAUCGAAUAAUCAACAGUGGGAUGGGUUCCAUUCUACCAUCUGGCGUACAAAGAGCAAUCUUGGAUGGAAUCUUUGCUGCUGGUCGUGCACAAGUUUCAGAAUCUCUUCUGAAUGACAAUAACCCUCUUGGUUCUUUGAGGCUUGCCAAACUGAGGCGUAUAUUUGAUGAAGGAAAGAGCCUCCAGCUUCAGUUUCCUGCUGAAGAUCUUGGUUUCAGGUAUCUUGAAGGAGCGCUUGUUCCUGAGAAUUAUAAAGCAUCACAUGCAUCUGAAGCACCUAAUGGUCGUAGGAGGGACUAUGUUCCCUCUGCAGAGCCAGGGUUGCGGUUGCCUCAUAUGAAUGUCAGAAUGUUGCCGAAGUUAUCGAGUGAGGAGGUUUUUUCUACUUUGGAUCUGGUGUCUGGAGAUAAAGUUGAGUUUCUUCUCAUUAUAGCACCAAAGAAUGAGUCUUACAACCUUGCUCAAGCUGCUCUCAAGGUGGUAGAUGGAUUCGGAGUUUCUCUGAAGAUAUGUGUCAUGUGGCCACCUGGUUCUGUAAAGGAAAUAGAUGCAAAUAAAACUGCUUUAAUGUCAAGCAAGGAUUGUAUUCAUGUUGAGGAGAUUAGGAGAGCAUCACCAUCACCAUCAUGGUGGGACAUCUGUGAGAUGACAGACAGAGGAGCCAUUUUAGUUAGACCUGACGAGCACAUUGCUUGGUGGACAAAGUCAGAAGUUUCUGAUCCUACAUCUGAGAUGGAAAAUGUAUUUUCCUUAGUUUUAAUGGGUAAAAAGACCUGUCUUUAGCAUGGCUUAGAAACAAAGCUUAAACAGGAAUAAGAUACAUGCAUGAAUAGAUGGAUGAGCCAUUCACCAUGAGCUUAUAAAUUUUAUACAAGUCUAUAUUUAAUACUGGUGUCAAUGUUUC